GUCCACUCAGUACAUACGUGGGUUCCCUAGGUUUGAUGAACCUGAAGUACUUGCCUCCCAAAAGGGUAAGAUCCUCGUUACGCGAGUUGAUCUGCGCCACCAGUGCAACGCCUCGGCCCUCAGGCCUCAGGCCUCAGGGUUGGCACACGACUACAACAACACAAGUGAUACUUCUUACUCACGGUGCCCUUGAGUGCCGAGAGUCGUAGACUCGCCUCAAGGCUCAGGUUGGGAAAUAAUUCAGCUGUCAGCAUUGGUGCGUCGUGUAUACAUCCCAAUGAAAGGCUUACUCUAUUGGCUUACUGCCUCAUCAACCUGGGCCGGUAGAUUUAACCGCGAACACAGUUUGCCACGCUCCAAUUACGGUCGACUCAGUUGCCAAGCAUGGUCACAUACUGCGCGAAGUGUGCGAGAUACGCCACAAAGAGGUGCAAAGGUUGCACAUUGUCGAGUGCCAACUAUUGCGGCAGAGAUUGUCAAGAGCACGACUGGCCUGAACACAAGUUCGAAUGCAACGCCAAAUGCGGCCAGCUCGAUGAAGCUGACCGGUUGGUGCGCGCCGUCCAUCGCCACCACAUCCCCGACGACAUCGACACACUCGAGGAGUAUGGCUUCGUCCUUGCUGCCAGAAUCGGCAAUCUUCACGAACUCUUCGACUUCUGGGUCGAUUUCAUAGUCACCCUGGAGAUCCCUGCGAAGUCACUUCGACAAUGGCGGCGUAAUCGAGUCUUGUGCCAGGUCAUCGAGUUGGGAUACGCCAAGACCGGUCUUGCAGGCAGGAGUCAGCCUUUCAAAUGGUACCAGAGGCAUCGAUGGAUAGUCGAACCAUCUCUGGGUAUCCCACGCCGGGAUGUUGAACAGAAGCAGCAAGCUGCCAUCGCACGGUUCUGUCGUUGGACCGGACUGCCAGACCCUGAUCAUCCCGACAUAGAUGCAAUCAAGAGAACCUGGCCCGUAUCGCAGAAACUCUGCUUUGACCUUUGUGAACAUAUCUUCCGUCAUAUCGGUUUUUUGCCCCCGACAGAUAUCUGGACUCAGUUUGGAUUCUGCGUCUGCAGAAACGACCACGAAGUGAGGACGCUCGAAGAUGUCUACAGGCGCCUCUGCCAACUGCAUACCUUCGACGAAAUAUGGCUCACCUACGAGGAGAGUGCGCUCGGGUCCCUAGUCGAGCCGUUACUGUCGUCUUGCGGGUGGCACAAACGCGAGGAGCUGUUGGACGUUCUUCAAAUCCCUUCCUAUCUCGGUCGCUCAAUGGCGAUCUGGCAACUCAAAGGGGUCAUCGCUAUUGACUCUGACACGUAUCUGGUGCACGAGUCGCAUCUUCCGCUGUCGAAGCUGUAUGGGUUCUGCAACGCGGAGUCCAUCGGCGACAUCAGGGAACUCAAGAGGUUAUACAGGCGGCUGCUCUGGGAUGCCAACAUCCGCCCACUGAGACUGCACGAGAUCGCUGUCAAAGGGGAGCUCUACCGCUUCGCCAAGUCCAUCCUCGGGUUUGGGAAGAGGGAAAAGGAAAUUUUCGGGUGGUUGCUCGGAGAGAUAGUUGAGGAAUCUGUGGAAUGAUGAUGCCAUCUGGCCGGCAUUCUCUUUGUCGUCGCGCUGUUCAGCAAGACGCAUUCACCACCGUCCGACGUGUCUUCACGCGACUGUAGCUAGGCUGCGUCACGUCACUUGCUGUUGUAUAGUUUGGUUUUUCAGUUCCGAGGGCGAGGAUGAGGAUGGACUGGUAUCUCCGCAUUCUCGUUCUCGCAAUUGAUGGUUUGUGUACUCCGUGCUCUGGUACAUGCGCAAUUUGUCGUGAUGACAGCAACGACUGACUUUGCAAGCAUUCGCACUAGUGUCGGGCCUGGGACGGACGACCUGGAUUUCCGUACGCUCCGCUCACUGCUGAUGCGCCGACCAGGGAAAUGAAUGCAGACAUAGGGUCGUCUA